CGGAAGAGGCGCAGCCCAAAGCGUGGGAGAGCGCGAGGCGGCAUGGCGGCCCGCGGUCCUGCUGGGAAGCGUGGCGCCGGGUCCGGGGGCUCGCGGGGGUCGGAGCCCCAAGAGGAGCCGCCGCCUCCGCUGCAGGCCGUCCUGGUGGCCGACAGCUUCAACCGCCGCUUCUUCCCUAUUUCCAAGGACCGGCCGCGGGCUCUGAUUCCUCUGGCAAACGUGGCCAUGAUAGAUUACACCCUGGAAUUCCUCACUGCCACCGGGGUGGAGGAAACCUUCGUCUUUUGCUGCUGGAAGUCCGCAGAGAUCAAGGAGCAUUUACAAAACUCUAAGUGGUGCCGCCCGACAUCGCCUAACAUUGUGCGGUUUGUCAUCUCAGACCUGUAUCGUUCCCUCGGCGACGUGUUGCGCGAAGUUGACACCAAGUGUCUCGUUCGUUCUGACUUUAUCCUGGUCUCUGGGGAUGUGGUGUCCAAUAUUAAUAUUUCUGCCGCUUUACAGGAACACAGGACACGGCGUAAGCUGGAGAAGAAUGUGUCUGUAAUGACAAUGAUAUUUCAAGAGUGUUCGCCAGGACAUCGGGCUCGAUGUCCGGAGGACGAUAUUAUCCUGGUUAUGGACAGCGCUACGAAACGCGUGCUCCACUAUCAGAGGACGCAAGGACUGAAGCACUUCAGUUUUCCCAUGAGCUUGUUUCACAGCCACGUCGAAGAAGUGCAAGUGCGGAACGAUUUGCUAGACUGCCAUAUUAGCAUCUGUUCUCCCCAGGUGACCGAGCUGUUUACAGAUAAUUUUGAUUAUCAAACUCGGGAUGACUUUGUACGUGGCCUGUUGGUGAAUGAAGAGGUCCUUGGGAACCAGAUCCAUAUGUAUGUGACCUCAGAAGAAUACGGUGCCUCUGUUUCCAAUUUGUCGAUGUACGAGUCAGUGUCCUCAGACAUUCUGCAACGUUGUGUCUAUCCCAUAACCCCAGAGAUGAACUUCAUCAACGGGAAGCAAAGUUGCACUCAUUCCCGCCACAAUAUUUACCGGGGUGCUGAAGUUAGUCUGGGCCAUGAGAGCGUGCUGGAAGAGAACGUACUCGUGGGGCAAGGAACAUCGGUGGGCACAAAAUGUUGCAUAACCAACAGCGUCAUUGGGCCCAAUUGCAAAAUAGGUAACGGCGUCCUUCUGGACUGGGCUUUCCUGUGGAAUGACGUCCAUAUAGGAGACGGUGUAAAAAUCUAUCGGUCCAUCGUUUGUGACGAGGCAGAGGUGAAGGAAGGCGUAACGUUGAAUCCUCAUUGCGUCAUCACUUCCCAGGUGGUGGUGGGGCCUAAGAAGGUCUUCCCAGAAGGCACAGUCAUCUCCCUGCAUCCUGCAGAUGAAGAAGAGUACGACGAGGAUGAAUUCAGCGACGAUGCGGAUGUGAACAAGGAGGAGAGCAAAGUGAAGCCAAAAGGCUACAACCCAGAAGAGGUUGGCUUGGAAGGCAGAGGUUACCUUUGGAAAGCAGCCAAUGAAAACGAUGCAGACCAAGAGGAACAAAGACAAAGUCUCUGGGGCCUCACCGUAAAGACUGAAGAAGAAGAAGCCGAAUCUGAAAGCGACACAAGCUUUGGGUCUGAGCCGAUGGACAGCCGGACCGCUUCUCCUCAGAUGGAUGAUGUCAAAGUUUUCCAGAACGAGGUCUUGGGGACUCUGCAGAGAGGAGAAGAAGAGAAAAUCUCUUGCGACAACCUGGUUCUGGAGAUCAACUCUCUCAAAUAUGCCUAUAACAUCGGCCUGAAAGAGGUGAUGGCGAUGCUCAGCAAGGUUGUGCUGGAAUUCCCCCUACAGCAGAUGAAAGCAGAAAAGGACCCUCAGCAAUACAGCACCCUGGUAGCCCCUCUGCUGAAGAAUUGGGCUCCGCUCUUCAAGAACUACAUCAAGCGGACGUCAGAUCACUUGGAUGCUUUGCAUGCCAUCGAAGAGUUCUUCUUGGAACACGAGAACCUGACCAUGGCUUUGGCCAAAGUCCUGAUGAUGUUCUAUCAACUGGAAAUCUUAGAAGAAGAGAUGAUUCUGGCCUGGUUUUCUGAAGGGGACACCUCAGAUAAAGGCAGACAGCUUCGUAAAAACCAGCGGCUUCAGAAGUUCAUCCAGUGGCUUCAGGAAGCUGAGGAAGAGUCGUCCGAAGGGGAGCAAAACUGACCUGGCGGCCUGCGUCAGAAAGAAAGACGAGCCUCGCUCUCUUUCUCAGAAGAAGGGAGGCCCCAAGCAACCACCUUGGCCGAAGGAGGUGGCAGAAGAGCAAGGACAUAACCGUGUGCAUGGCCCAUGCAUGUGGGAUCCGAACUCUCGGCUGGCUGACAAUCCUGUGGCUUAUUUCGUUGUAUAUUUAAUGUUCCUGGCAGACACCACGGGUGAGACGGAAGGAAACCACGGCUGGAUAAACCAGAGACCUGUAUACUAUUUAAAGUCUUUCCACAUGGGGGGUGUGUGUGCACACGAGGGUGGGGAUAUCUACUAAUGGCCAGGUAAGCAGUCCAACUCCCAAAUCAACCUUAACAGUUAGGAUUCCAACCAUUUUUGAGUUCUUCUUCAAAAAAAGAUCUCUUGAACUUCCUGUAUUUGCAUGGGUCCGUGGGAAAUGGUCCGUUGAGUCCGAAAAUCAGCUGUAAAAGCAGAAGAGA